UCCGUCCACUAAAGAACAGCUCCUUUGCGACACUGGUGAGACACGCGUUCCCAUAGCAGUAGCCUAGUAGAUGGGCCACAAGUGGAGAAUUGAUCAAUUAUCUACUUUACUUUUUCUUCUUGGACGGUGACUAUUGGUGAGGUCUUGGCUGAUUAGACAUAAGUGCUGAUUUUACAGAAUAAACGCAAGCGGGAACAGUGAGGGGGCUCGCGUCGACUCAGAGCGUGCGGAAUGAUGUCCUUUCUAGCGGGGCAGUGAGAAGGAAUCAAAGGUAUCUACAAAAGGAGCACCAACGCCUGCUUUUCAAAGGUGUUGUUUUGAAAGUUAUGGACAGUGCGCUCUACCACUCAGCGGGAAUUUUCGGCUCCCCCUCGGCUUCUGGAAACUUGACUACGGGCGGAAACAUGAUCACCUCCACCAAGCCUCUCGCUUUUUCGAUCGAACGGAUUAUGGCCAGGACGCCCGAGCCAAAGUCGAUACCUUUCUCCAACCUGUUCCAUCACACUCCGGUGGGUAAAGCGGUCCCGAAGCAGGCGCUCAACAUGACUUCAUCAUCACUGCAUUGCAUGAUACCAUUAGUGCCAUUUGCAUACGAACCGGGUCAUAAACUAAAUAUUAAUGGAUUAGAUACGAGUCACCUUGACGCUUCCUCGUAUAAUUCAAAUGAGUUGGUCAGCAUUGGUUUGAACUAUAAGAACGAACAACUAGAUGUGAGCCCGUCGGUGGGACAAUACACACUUUUUCGACCACGGGUGGUGAAUCAGUCAUCUUUUCAUGCCAUGGGCCCAGUGUGCUACCUGAACUGCGGGCAGAGUGCAUGCCCACCCCCAUCCAGCAUCGUAAACAUCCACCCCAUGGCUUCCUACUUUCUCAACACUCCGCUGCAACAUGCGCGCCAGAGAGCUUUCCUCGCGGAGAAAAAUAAAGUGGCUCACUGCGCAGACAGAUACGCAUCCGGAGUAAAAGACAUUUCCCAAACUCAACUCCAUCACUACAUGAAAGAGAGCGCACAGAUUAUAUCGGACAAACUUUUCAAGGGCUCUUCCAAUUUGAACAGUGGUUGCCCAAGCGGCAAACCCAAAGUAUUCACCUGCGAGGUUUGCGGAAAGGUGUUCAACGCCCACUACAAUUUAACGCGCCAUAUGCCUGUGCACACUGGAGCGAGACCAUUCGUCUGCAAAGUAUGCGGCAAGGGAUUUCGACAAGCAAGCACCCUUUGUCGCCACAAAAUUAUUCAUACUCAGGAAAAGCCUCAUAAAUGCAACCAGUGUGGAAAAGCAUUCAACCGGAGUUCAACUCUUAACACUCACACACGAAUCCAUGCAGGUUACAAACCUUUCGUCUGUGAGUUCUGCGGCAAAGGAUUUCAUCAAAAAGGUAAUUACAAGAACCACAAAUUGACACACAGCGGGGAGAAACAGUUCAAAUGCAACAUCUGUAACAAGGCCUUCCACCAAGUGUACAACCUGACGUUCCACAUGCACACGCACAAUGACAAGAAGCCCUUCACGUGCCCAACUUGCGGCAAGGGAUUCUGCCGGAACUUUGACCUGAAAAAGCACAUCCGAAAACUACAUGAUCUCUCUGGAUCCCAAUCCCCUGCCACUCUCGCCACAGGCGAAACUGACUAAAAAGUUCAGAGGCUAAAAUGCCAACCAUGCGCCUUUACGCACACUGAUUUGCCCAAAUCUGGAAUUACGCAUGCGAGUUCAGACCGUGCCAAGAUGUUUUGGACUAUUCUAUUAGUACAUAUUUUCCUUGAAUUUGACAUUAUAAUGUCAACAACUGUUGUUUUAAAUCUCAGGAUUACUGUAAAAUGUCGAUAUUUAUUUGAAACUUUAUAGGCUAAUAAUUUAAGAGAAUAAUUGAUGAUUAUGUACAAAUUAUGUUUUGCUGUGAUACGUGUGGUAGUCUACCCCAUUUUAUAUGAUGACCUUGAUAAAGUUACAUGAUUUCCCAACACUUGUGUAUAUGCAAAGUUUUUAUGCAGGUGCACAAACUCAAUCAUUUAAGUUAUGAAACGAAAAUAAUGACAAUAAAAUG